AUGUAUGGUGUUGUUGAACCAGAUGUGGGAAAGGUUCCUGUAAUGACAGCAGUAUAUAGUUGGGAGUCUCUAGAGGAGAAGUUUCAUAACGUUGAGAUGGGAGGUCGGUACCGCCCCACCCACUGUACAGCCCGUCACAGGGUGGCAAUAGUGGUACCCUUCCGGGACCGUGAGAUACACCUGAAAAUCUUGCUCAACAACCUCCAUCCAUUCCUACAAAAUCAGCAGCUUGACUACGCCAUCUUUAUUGUUGAUCUGAUGCCGGAAGUAACCUUUAACAGAGCCAUGCUACUUAACAUUGGUUUCACAGAGGCCCUUAAACAGUAUGAUUACCAGUGUUUUAUUUUCCAUGAUGUGGAUCUUAUACCUGAGAUGGGACAUAACAUGUACAGCUGUCCAGAGAACCCGCGUCAUAUGUCAGUUGCUAUAGACACAAUGAAUUAUAGAUUGCCGUACAACAAUAUAUUUGGAGGCGUGGUAGCCAUGACAAAGGAGCAGUUUCAGCAGGUCAAUGGAUUCUCCAACAAGUACUUCGGAUGGGGUGGGGAAGACGAUGACAUGUUUAACAGAAUACGACAUAACAACAUGUCUAUAACGAGAUACCCUGUCGACGUCUCCCGCUAUAAAAUGUUGUCUCAUAGAAAAGAACUCGGAAAUCCAGACAGAUUUCGUUUAUUACAAGGCUCUAAAAAGCGAUUGCAAAAGGACGGACUAAACAGCCUUAAAUACUCGCGACAGAAGCUCGAACUUCGAAAAUUAUACACGUAUCUGUUGGUAGAUAUUGACGAGGUGUAUAUUAUGAGCAAUGGUUUGUACAACCGGAGUCAUCAUCAGCAAUACCAACAUAAGUUACAGCAACAGUUCCAGGAGCAACAGGUCGACAUAUAACGCGUUGACAGAAGCAACCAAGGAACACAACAAAAUCAACAACUGAAGAAAGAAAUACAACAAAAUCAACAAACAAACAAAACAAGAACAAUGUAACGAAACGAGGUUUAUGAAUAAUUAAAUGUACAGUUGUACCACUGACAAGUAUUACACAUGUAUAUACUAUCACAGAC